AUGAGUGAUCCGGGUAGCCUAACCAUUCCUUGCCAAUUCGGGAAUUUAGCCACUAGCUAUGCAUUGGCCGAUUCGGGGGCAAGUGUGAAACUCAUGCCAUACUCUUUCUUUAAGAAGCUAAACCUUCCGGAACCGAGACCAAUCCGAAUGGAGAUCCACUUAGCGAACAAGACAGUGACAUUCCCGAGAGGUAUAUGUGAAGAUUUGUUGGUAAAAGUCGAUAAGUUUGUCUUCUCGGCGGAUUUUAUUGUGCUAGAUAUAGAGGAGGACCAUCAAGUGCCAAUGAUCCUCAGAAGACCAUUUUUGAAUACCGCGGGUGCCAUAGUCGACAUACGAGACUCAAAGCAUACCCUUCGGGUGGGAGAAGACUCAGUUAUUUUUGGAAUGGAUCAAGCCAUGAAACACUCGAAGUUUAGUGAUGAUACUACUUUUUCGGUGGAUGUCUUGGAAGAAUUAUUAGAAGAAUGGAUAGAAGACGAAACAAGUGAGCACAUGUUGGCUCUAGAAGAUGAUUUUGAUGCUGAGAGAGAUUUGAAAGAGUUAGAAAGACUUCUCGAAGAAUCAUAA